AUGGACGAUUACGAAUAUCUUCAGCCGGGGUUCGAUUCCAAGUCAUUGACAGUACCCCGGUUACGAUCGAUUCUAGUUGCGCACGAGGUCCAAUACCCCGCCACGGCGAAGAAACCGCAGCUUAUCCAGCUUUUCGAAGAUGAGGUCGUUCCCCAGGCAAAGAAGAUACUGGCGAAGCAGGCUAGGGCCAAGAGAUCAAGCAAGGGCAUCGUCGACGCUGGAAGCUCCCAAGAUACCGACUUCUUCGAGGACUACGACCUUGCACCUCCCCCACCUAGAGUGACAAGAUCAAAGUCGCCGCGCAAGGCGUCCGCCAGGCUUAAGAGCGCGGAGCACGAGCAAGAGGCGCCGCCAUCUAUAAGCCCGACGAAGAGAAAGGUGCGCCCGGCAAGCAGGCAACUGCCUGAGCCUGAGCCUCAGCCUUAUGUCGAGCAGUAUACCGAGACAUAUGCUGAAGCGGAGCCGCUCGUGUCCGCUUACAAGCAAGCGACCACUCCCAAAAUGCCCAAGAUCAAGCAAGAGGAGUCGGAGGAGGAUUUCUUCAACCGUCGGGAGUCUGAGUACUUUUCGUCCGAAAACCCCUUCCAAAGUGGCAGCCCGGCUGCGCAGCUCGUGGUCAGCCCAACGGGGCGAAGGAAAACCACUGGCACGGAAGUGGCACGCGACAGACAGGACGGCAGCACUCGACGACGGACAGAUGGCCAUCACGGUGGAGAUCGACCCAGAUCAUCCAGAAAGUCUCAUGCGUUCGAACUUCCUGUUAGCGACUUGUUGCGUGAUGAGACCCCCAGCAUUCAGUCUCACGAAGUCGAAGCCGGAGAAGAGUUCACUCCCGAUGCGCAGUUCGAGAUGGAACAAGAGAUGGCUGCGAGCGGCGAAAAGGCGCUUGCGCCGCGACGUACAGAGCCUGCUCAUCAGAGACGGAGUCUUUCCAAGCCCCUGUGGGCUCUUGCUGUUUCGCUUAUUGGAGCCUACGGCGCAUGGUACCGACAAGAAAAGGUAGCUGUCGGGUAUUGCGGACUUGGUCGGCCUGCAACGCAAAUCAUACCUGCAGAUAUCACAGUGCCCGAUUGGGCCGUUCAGCUCGCUGAACCCCAGUGCGAGCCUUGUCCCCAACAUGCCUAUUGCUACGAAGAUUUUUCCGUCCGUUGCGAACCUGACUUUAUUUUGAAGCCGCACCCGCUGUCAUUAGGCGGGCUGGUACCCCUCCCUCCAACCUGCGAGCCGGACGGAGAGAAGGUUAGGAGAGUCAAGACUGUAGCUGACAAGGCUGUUGAGGAGCUGCGGGAACGACGUGCACAGUUUGAGUGCGGUGGCUCUUCUGCUGACGCUGGUCAGUCGACAGAAACCCCGUCCAUUAAAGAAGAGGAGUUGAAGGCGGCCAUCAGCUCGAAGCGGAGCAAGAAGAUGAGCGAGCAGGAGUUUGACGACCUUUGGGUUGCCGCCAUUGGGGAAGUCAAAGGGCGAGAGGAAGUGGAAGUUGUACCAAAGGCCAAUUCCACCUCAAUUUCAGACGCCUAUCUAUCGUCCUCCUCUCUCGCUCGGCUUCCGAUCGGCUGUGCCCUCAAGCGUUCAGUCAAACUCGGUCUGGCAAGACAUCGACUCUCAAUUGGAUCUGUAAUCUUCUUGGUCUCGGCCUACUUUUACGUUCGAAGAAGGUACAGGUCUCACAAGGCAACAGUCGCGCAGGUUCCCGCGCUUGUCGACCUUGUUCUGUCGAGACUUGCAACGCAAAAGGAGCUUGGUGAGGAAGAUAUUGAUGACCCUUGGUUGUUUCUGCCCAACCUCCGUGACGACGUCUUGCGUUCGGUGCACUCACUCGACGAGCGAGACCGUAUCUGGACCCGAGUCAAGGCUGUCGUUGAACAGAACAGCAAUGUUCGCACCAGUCAGAGAGAGGGACGCAACGGUGAGGUUGGCCGUGCUUGGGAGUGGAUCGGACCUAUCGCUGGGGACGGUGCCAGGAGGCGCAAGAGUGGACGUCAUUCCUUGGCCGCAGACGUCAAAACUGAAGAUACCCUUGAAGCAUCAGAGAACAAAGCUGGUGCGCAUUCGAAAUGGGAAGAGCCGCGACCUAUUUACUAA